CAGUUCCCGGCGCGCGCUGGCUCCGGCGGCGGAUCCGGCGGCCGCUCCGCAGCAUGGCAGGCCUGGGGCGGCCGGGCCCCGGGCCCCGCGCCACGAUGCCCGCCUGGAAGCGAGAGAUCCUGGAGCGGAAGCGGGCCAAGCUGGCGGCCUUUGGCGGGGGCGCGGCGCCGGGCGCGGGCGCGGAGGAGCCCGCGGGGCCGGCGGCCGAGCCGCUGGUGCUGGCCGAGAGCCUGGGCCCGCUGCGCGAGAACCCGUUCAUGCGGCUCGAGUCGGAGCGGCGGCACGGGGCGCGGCGCGGCGGGGGCGCCGGCGCGGCGGGGCCGGGGGCGCGGCCCGCGCAACAGCUGCUGGAGCUGUACCGCUGCGUGCCCGGCGUGCGCACCAUCCGCGCCGACAACAUCCUCAUUAUCGAGUCGGCGCCCGGCUUCCCUUCCGCUCCCGGUCCCGGCCCCGGGCCGGCCCCGGCCGCCCGCAUCCGCGCCGCCGAGGUGCUCGUGUACGAGGCGCCGCCGCCUCCCGGCCGCGUUAGCCGCCUGCUCCAGAAGUUCGACCCGCCGCCCGCGCCGUGCCGCCGCGGGAGCCCGGAGCGCGGCCGCCCCGUGCCGCCGCCCUCCCCGGGUCCGGCCCUGGUCCCGCGCGUGGGCGAGCGCGCCGCCUGCUUCCAGCCCGAGCACGAGCGCUGCGGCGCAGGCCCCGGCCCCGGGCCCCGGCGCAGCGACUUCCUGCACAAGACCGGCAGCAACUCCUUUACUGUCCAUCCACGGGGCCUGCGCCGCAGCGCGGGCACUCGCCCACUCCCCAACGGGCCCGCGGCCCCUGAGCGCCGGGCCGGCGCUGCCAACGGCCUCACGGGCUCCGCGUCUGGGCCGGGCGAGUGGAAGCCAAAGGUGGAGUCGGGGGAGGCCCCCGCCCACCCUCCCCCCAGCCCCGGAACCCCCAGUGCCACUCCAGCCGCGCCCCCGGCAUUGCCCACGCUCAGCCCUGCCAGUGCCACUCCCAGCCAGCGCCAGUGGGUCUCCGCGGCCACCAGCGCCAACGACUCCUUCGAGAUACUGCCGGCCUCCAAGCCAGACAUGGACACGAUCCCUGCCGGGGACCUCCAGGCCCGGGCUCUGGCCAGCCUUCGCAUGAACUCUCGAAACUCUUUCGUGUUCAUCCCCAAGCGCAAGACUUCCCGGGCCCCUCCUGCGGAAGGGAGGCAGUCCGUGGGGCCUCCAGAGGGAGAAGUUGGCUGGGCCUCCCAGCACCAGGAGCGUGAAGCCCAGCAGGUGCCUGGAGCAGAUGGUGUAUUUGCCGGUGGGAGGAGCCCCUCGGGGGUCGAGGAGGGAGGCUGCCCCAUGCCAGCCACUGCCCUCGUGGACUGGACCGUUCGGUGGCAGAGGCUGUCCUCACCACCCCCGUCCCCACUGGUCGCCACUGAAGCUGAGCCUGCCCAGGGCUUUGGGGUUCCUGGCUUGACCAAGAAUGGCAGGGAGCCUGGGAGGCCAGGGCUGCCCGUCACCUUCAUUGAUGAGGUGGACUCGGAGGACGAGGUUCCCCAAGAAGCCAAACUGCCCUGCCCCAGGGCUGCUGCGCCUCCCCAGUACCACCCGCAUCCCACCGGGCCUGGGCACCUGUCAGAGCUCCAGCACCGAGGUGGCAACACCUUCACGGUGGUGCCCAAGAGGAAGCCAGGGGCCCUGCAGGCCAACGGGGAGGCCAGGCCUAGGGAGGCUGAGGAAGAGGGACCGGGCAGCCUUUCGGAGCCCCCUGCUGCCUUGGGGACCUCAGUGAAGAAGCGCUACCCCACUGUGCAUGAGAUUGAGGUGAUUGGCGGCUACCUGGCCCUGCAGAAGUCCUGUCUCACCAAGGCCGGCUCUUCAAGAAAAAAGAUGAAGAUCUCCUUCAACGACAAGAGCCUGCAGACUACGUUUGAGUACCCCCCCGAGAGCUCCCUGCAGGAGGAAGAGGCAGAGGCCGAGAAGGGGAGAGAGGAAGAGGAGGAGAACGAAGAGGGGGAGGAGGAGGAGGAGGGGGAGGAGUCCGGCUCAGACACGGCAGCGGAGAAGCCCUUUGUGCUCUUCCUGCCCCGAGCCACGUUCGUGAACAGCGUGGGCCCCGAGAGCCCUCGGCUGCCGGACGGCAGCUCCGGCCUGUCCAGCUACACUCCGAAGCACUCCGUGGCCUUCAGCAAGUGGCAGGAGCGGGCGCUGGAGCGCACGCCGAGCACGGAGGAGCCCCCGUCCAAGGAGGUCAUGCUCACCCCUGCCGGUCAGAAUGACCUCGCGGACUUCCGAAGCGAGCCAGCCCUCUACUUCUGAGCCCCGCCCUACCAGGACAGCGAAGGCUGAGCCCCAGGUGCCCGGGAGCUGCACCCCUUCUGCCCCACCAGGCCUGCCCUCCCACAUCCCGCUCUCCCUCCCUGGGGCCUCCCAAGUAGGCCGGUACUCGAGGCCUGAGCCUGGGGCACCCGGGACUCACUCGACCCCGGCUCGGGGGCACUGCCUGUGGGGGAGGGGUGGUGUCCUGCUAUACGCCAUGCCCAGCGGCUGUCGGGUGCGUCUGGGGUGGGGGCUGACAGGACCCUGACACCACCCCCAGCCCACGCUCCCCAUGUCAGCCACUCCGUUUCUGAUGAACAGCAAGUCUUUUCCCGCCUCUGAUGAUGGACUCAAUAAACAGCCCUGGAUGAGGCCGCCUCUACCUUC